AUGGAACGUUUUUUGCGUCUUGGCGGUCUCGGAGGAGGUCUUGGACAGGUAUGAUUUAUUUUUUGGUUCAUUUUCGAUAAAAUUUUUACAGUUUGGGGGUAAUCCACAAGACUCGAAUCAGGUUGAUACUUCUGAAACCGUUUACAUUUCUUCCUUGGCUCUUUUAAAAAUGUUAAAGCACGGUCGCGCUGGUGUUCCAAUGGAAGUGAGUUUUUUCAUGUAUUUUCUUCAGAAAAGUUUUAAUGUUAUUUUUAGGUUAUGGGCUUGAUGCUUGGAGAGUUCAUUGACGAAUAUACAGUAAAUGUCAUUGAUGUUUUCGCCAUGCCUCAAUCAGGAACGGUUAGUAUUUUUCUCGUUUUUUUUAACCUUAAUUUGUUGUUAGGGAGUUUCUGUUGAAGCUGUCGAUCCAGUUUUCCAAGCUAAAAUGCUCGACAUGUUGAAGCAGACAGGCCGCCCGGAAAUGGUUGUUGGAUGGUUCGUCGUUCAGGAUAUGAGGUCCCUAAAGUCUUUGUUUCAGGUACCACUCUCAUCCGGGCUUCGGUUGCUGGCUCUCAGGAGUCGACAUCAACACGCAGCAGUCUUUCGAAGCUCUUUCGGAUCGCGCCGUGGCCGUCGUCGUUGAUCCGAUCCAGUCAGUCAAAGGGAAGGUUCGUACUGUUGUGGUUUCAUCCUUUUUCUCCAGUUUCUUUGGGUAAGCGUGUUCGAAGUUUAAAAACAUCGUUCGAAGGAAAAACAUUUUCUUAUGGAAAGGUUCUUUCCCAUCGUAUAGUUUUUUUUUUCAACUUUGAGUGUGACAAUAACGUUUUAUCAUUUUUUUUUUCUUAUGGAAAGGUUCUUUCCCCUCGUAUAGUUUUUUUUUCAACUUUGAGUGUGACAAUAACGUUUUAUCAUUUUUUUUUUCAUUACUUUAUUUUGUAUUUUAAUAUUCACAGUACGAGUCCUUCAGUUAUCUUUUUUUACCAUCCAUGAAAGAAUUUUUUUCACAAAUAAUUGCAAUUUUUUUGCAAAUAAAAUGGUACCGCCGAUAAGUUGCAACACCAAAUUCGGAGCUCUGCAAGUUAACCAGUUCGGAAUUUCACUGAUUCAAAAAUUUUUUUUCAUUUUUCUAAACUAUAACCAAAAAAAUUUUUAUCUGUUUUCAGAUUUAAAUAAAUAUAUAAAUGAUCUGAUACUGAUGUUAAGUUACGUUGAACACCUCAUAAUAAUCCUGAUCUUGUUUUUUUUUCCUCUCAGGAAAUCACUUUGAACAUAAAAAAACAGAAUUUCAGUGUUUGUCGUACCUUACUGAAUUGUUAGGAACGGCCAGAAUGGUUAUUGGAAAAUAGGCGAAUCGAGAAGGUACCAUAAUGUGUCCACAAAGGUAUCUCUCAAAAUGGAUCCUGAAAACCUCAUAAUGUGUCCAUCAUGAGACCUCCGACAUACCUCUUAGCUAUAUCUGAGCCAUCUCGAAAGUACAGUUUCUCUCAAGCCCCUCUCAUUUUGCUCAAAAUCCUCAGAGGUAUCCUCGAGGUACCAUCGUGAGAGCCUGAGAUUUACCUCAGAGGGUCUUGCGAUAGCCUUUCUCGAUUCGCCUAUGUACAUUCUUUAAAUUUUUGGCUUUCUUUGGAUUAAAAAAAUUAAGCGAAAAUAUAUCAUUGAAAAAGUUUUUAUUUUUUAGAAAUCUGAAAGGGCUUAUUUGUUGAGUUGAAGGUUGUGAUCGACGCUUUCCGCACGAUCAAUCCACAGGCGAUGGCCUUGAACCAGGAACCUCGACAAACAACCAGCAACUUGGGCCAUUUGCAGAAGCCGAGCAUCCAGGUCUUUAUUUUCUUAAAGAAAAACUUUUUAAAAGAUUUUGUGCAAAAGUUUGUUUCAGGCGCUCAUCCAUGGCCUCAACCGUCAUUAUUACUCGAUUCCUAUUGCUUACCGUACUCACGACCUGGAGCAGAAGGUUUUUUCUUUUGCUUUCUCGAAUAUCGAGUUCUCAACAUCUUGUUUUCCAAUAGAUGCUGUUGAAUCUGAACAAAUUGUCUUGGAUGGACGCCGUCAACGUACAAAACUACACCAAAUGCGGGGAGAAGAACAGAGAACAUCUGCAGGCCAUGUUGAAACUCGCGAAAAAUUACAAGAAGGUUUUUUCCGCGUUUCUUUGUUUCCUACUCUCUGUUUGAGGCUCUGGAAGAUGAAGAAAAGAUGACCGACGAAGAGUUGGCGAUCAAAAACGUUGGAAAACAAGACCCCAAAAGGCACAUCGGCGAAGAGGUUUCUAUUUUUGUUCAAUUCGCUUUGCGAUGAUUAUAUCCUUUUGUGGUGGCUGAUUCGUAGAUACUUUUUGAAGAUUAUGUUUAAUAGAUCUGCAAUUUCAGGUAACCGAAAUGAUGAACGACAACAUUGUUCAAAACUUGGCCGGCAUGUUGGCCACGACGUCUCUUCAAUAA